AUGGAUACUUCAGAGCGAGAAAACUCACCAGGCGCUGGUGACCUAAACGACCUUUUUGAUUACGACGUUGGCUUGGAUGAGAUAAUACCAGAUACCAACACCAACACCAACAAUAAAGCUUCUGGUACAGGAGAUUCUGCACUUGGGUUAGGUCUUGAUGAAGAAGUCAAAGUCACAAAGAAACGACAGCCUGUGGCCAAGCUAGACGAGAGCCGACUUCUCUCAAAAUUGGGUAUCCCCAAACUGCGAUACACUGCUACACAGAAACUGAGGUUCAAAGGCAAAGGGCAUGAGUUUCAAGACGCCGCCCGUCUGCUCAACUUUUAUCAACUAUGGCUCGAUGAUCUAUUCCCACGCGCAAAAUUCGCAGAUGGUCUGACAAUGAUCGAGAAGCUGGGACACUCGAAACGCAUUCAAGUCAUGCGGCGAGAAUGGAUAGAUGAGGAGAAGCCGAGGCUUGUUGAGGAACUUAAUAAACUCGGAGAAGAGCGAAUCAAGAACCCGGGUUCCAAUCACCCGACAGAUUCUUCCAAUCAACCGGUAGAUUGCAAAAGCAUUGCCGAUCAAGACCUGUUUAUCUCAGACCCAAGCGAGAGCGCGCGGCCUAUCAUCAGUUUCCCCGAACUUGAGGACGAUGAUUUGGAUGAUCUCCUCAGAGAGCAAGAUGAGCCAAUGACCAAUUUUCGCGCAGAAAUGCCUGUGUCCGUCUCACGAGUACCCAAUGGCGACGAUGACUAUGACGCUGAAUACGAAGCGAUGAAGGAGCUAGGGAUGUAG